AUGUGUCCAAUACGCCCACGCUCAGAAGGCUCAACCUCAAUACAUCUCCAACGUGUUGAUUACGCCUACUUUCAGAAGGCUCAGCCUUACAAUACUCAUGGCGCAUCACUUCCUCCUACCAUGAUGAACCCUGCGAUUCACUACCCAUCAAACCCUGACCCUGCCAGCUUCGCACAGGAGGCCUUUACUGCUGCUGGCAACAAGCACAAGCAGAAGCUCCAGAUCUUGAUGUUCAUUCUCAUGGACAAGAACAGCGUCGUCUACGGCAAGAUCAAACGCUACUGCGAAUGCAAGCUCGGCAUCCCUUCUCGAUGUGUCCAAUACGCCCACGCUCAGAAGGCUCAACCUCAAUACAUCUCCAACGUCAUCAAGGGUAUUCUCGAGAACUCCACGGUCGUCAUUGGCGCCGACGUCUUUUACUCUACUCCUGGUCUGAGGGGACCUUCUAUGGCUGCCAUGACCGUCUCGAUGAAUGUCCAGGGCACUCGUUACGCUACCGCUGUCGGAACCAACGGCUACCGUGUCGAGAUGAUCACCAACGAGAACAUCAAGAAGCACAUCACGUCUCUCGCCAGAAACGGCUGGAUGAACAAGGUCGGUCAGGGCAAGCCUCCCGCUACCAUCAUGACCUACUUUCACGAUGAUGAUUUUGCAUGUUAUGUUGAUCAGGAAGUGAUUGCUAUGAAGAAGGCCUUAGGUGAAUGUAACAAUUCCCCAAGGUCGUUGAGAUGA